GCGGCCAGCGCGGCUCCGCUCCCCGCUCCUCCUCCCGCCGGGCCCGCAGGGGACAGCGACGCUCGCCAGGCGCCUCCGUCCCGGCGCCUCCGUCCCGGCGCUGCCCCGCGCCCCCGCCGCUCGAUAAGCAGUUUCUGAGGACUGAAGUACCUGCCCAGGGAACUCCUGCUCGUGAGGUGCUCAGGCAUGGCUGACCUGGACCACAACCUGAGCCUGGCGGACGCUCUGACGGAGCCGCCGCCCGCCGUGGAGGAGGAGGUGCAGCAGGACUUCAUCGCCUCGCUGGAGGCCGACAAGUUCGACGACGUGGUGGGCGAGACCGUGGACAAGACGGACUACGUGCCCCUGCUGGAUGACGAGGACGGUGCCACGCCCGGCAGCCAGGAGCCCAAAAGCAAAGGCCACCUGGAUGGAAUCGCCGUGGAACACUCUUCAGCCUCGGGGCCGACGGUGGUGGAGAACGGCGACCACGGGCUGCAGGACCACCCAGAAGCCUAGACUGUCUCCUAACACUGGGGCUGCCACUGACACGAGACCAGUGUCCUUUUCUACUGCCAUUACACUUCUAAAAUCUGCAGCAUUUUACAGAGCUCUUGCUUUACCUCCUUGGACUUGGCUGUAGAAGAACCAAAGGGUGGCUCCAUCCUGCUCCUCCUCCCUGUGCUCUGCAGUGCUUGUUGAAACCUUCCUCUCUCUGUGUAAGCACAAAAGUGCACCCUGCUUUGGAUCUGCACUGUGCCUCUGGUUUGAAAUCACGACCACAGCUCCAUUCUUGGUUUGAUCACCUUUAAAUUUAAUUUCUCUCCGUUUUCGUGGUGCUCCAUAAGAGAAGGUUUGACAUUUCCAGUUGUGCUUCCAUAGUGGAUGGGUCCACCAUGACUGCAGCUCCCUUCCCUUCUCCCCACACUCACCACAGCCUUUUAGAGUACCUGCCUUGCUCCUUGCUGCUUUGAAACCCUCUCACCUGAGGGCCUGGUCUGUAGCAGUGUUGUUUUCUUCCAAACGGGUGGCUUCAGAUCAUUUCAGCACUUUGUAGACUUGAGAGACAGAUCAGGGAAAACCAAGUGUCCUGAGGUACAGGUGGAUCAGCUCUGGUGUCUGAGGGGUGCAUUUUGGGGUUCAAAAUGUCCUUGCCAUAACUGGGAGCAUGAAGGAAAACAGCCAGCCCCAAAUUCCUGCCUGAGGGAGUGGCUUCGGUGUCAUACUCCUUCCCAAAAACCGUAGAGGUAAGGAAGGAAAUUGCCUUUUUUAGACUUCACUCCUCUGGCUUCCUGUGAGGAGAAAAUUCCUUGGAUGGAAAUUUACCUGCCAUGAGAAAGAAUCUGUCCCUUCUAAAACUGAGGGAAACAAAACCACUGAGUUUUAGUGAAAUUGUGCUGAAAUAAUCCUGACAUUUUCCAGCAGCAGAAGGAGCAGGCCUGGUUUAACCUCAGCCAGAGCUACAGGAGCACGUCCAGUGGGAUUCCAAUGGCUCCACAGAGGUGCAAAGCUUUCCAAAGACAGAAGUGCUCGUUUUUCCAUCAUAGAUGAAACACAGCAUGAAAUGAGGAGAUAAUUAGAGAGGGAAAGCAGGGUUUUACCUGAGACAGGCUCAGCCUGGCUUUGGAUGAGGAGAAUCCUGUGCUGGAGCUCAGGGCACUUGGCCUGCAACACCUGAUGGAAGGGAUUUACUUAAACCCCAAUGCAGCCUGAGGCUGAGCUGCCCAAAACAAGAGCUGAGAGCUUCACUUACCUAAAAAUGGCAUUUCCUUGUCGUGAGGGGAGUGAGUGGUACCCGCUGCAGCCCUGUCCCUGCUGCAGCCCGGAUUUAGGGGAUGCCCCAGCUGGAACGAGCAGUGCCAGGGCUGUGCCAGUGCCAGCAGAGCAGUUUUGGGCAUCUCCCCCAGGCAGAGGCAGCCUUGCUCUGCUGUGUGUCCCCAGUGAGGCCUCAGAUGCUCCGGGGCGGGUGGCAGUGCCAGCGCUGGAUCACAGCCUGGGCAGGACCUGGCGCUUUUCUCCUCGUUUUGGUGCCAAUUUGCCCCUCUGUGCCCCCACCCCGAGCCCUCCUCAGGAGCUGAUGUCCUGGUGGUGCCAGUUCCCAGCAGCUGACCCCGGGGCUGCUCCUCCUGGUGGUGUUGUUUCUGGGAAAACUCCAGCUCCUGGAGGCUCCCAAAAUGGGUUUUUCCUUCCCAGCCCAUCAGGUUCACAGCAUCCUGCAAGCUGGGAAAGACCUGAGCUCACUUCCAACCUGUGAGUCCUUCAUGUUCUGCUUUCCUUUGGGUUUUUGGUGUCUGUGGCCAUAAAAGGAGAUUCUUGCCUUCUUGGCUUUCUUUUCAAAGACUUUUCAUAGCUAUUAUUUUUUUUAAUGUGAUUUUGAAGCGAGGCAGCAUCAGUUGAACUUGGCUCCUCAAUUGUUCUUUCUCACCUUUUGCCUUAAGUGGGCUUAACUCUUGUGCCCUAGAAGUGGAGAAUAAAUAAUGUAAGACUGGUGUCUGAUAGGUGCAUUUUGGGGUCCAAGCCCUUGCCAUAACUGGGAGUAUGAAGGAGAACAGCCAUCCCCAAAUUCCUGCCCAAGGGACUGGCUUUGGUGUCGUUCUCCUUCCCCAAAAACCGUAGAAGUAAGGAAGGAAAUUUCAGAUUGAAAUAUGGAAAUACGAAAUAUUUUCAGAUUGAAUGACGGAAGGUUUCAGGUGACCUGCACAUGAGACUUUGCCCACUUCCCACAGAUGCUUUGCUUGAAUGAAAGGCAGAAAUGUUUCAAAUCUUGGCUAGAGGGACGUGCAGGCAGAGCGAGGUGGGCAGAGGGGUUUGGGAGCAGCUGCUCAUCCUGGGAGCCCUGAGUGGGAUGGGGCAGGGCAGGGGCAGCUCCUCCAGCCCAGGCUCUGGCUGUCCCCUCUGCAAACAUGGAUCACCCACGCCAUGCCCCACCCCAUGGUUGUACCCCCUUGAUGGGAAGUGCCACGGGGUCCCUGGUGUGCUGUGGGGCUGGGUGAUGCUCCUGCAGCCCUGACCCCAAGCUCUGGGUGUGCUGGGAUGGGACCCUGAGGAUGUAAGGGAUGGGGGGGGUCUGUGCAGAGUGCUGGAUCUUCUGUCCCUCCUGGAAAACAUCCCUGUGUCCCACUGGGAGCUCGGGGUGGGUGUCCCUGUGCAGCCCCACGAGCAGGGAGGCACGGGAGGGUUCCUCUGCUCAGACCCCUGCUCUCCUGCAGCCCUGGAGCUGUACCUGUGCUGUGCUCUAACAUCCCUGUGCUUCCACGCCUGUCUGUUGUCACUCCUGCUGCUGAAUUAUUAAUUCCAAUGCUCUGUUAUGAUGUGAAGCUGUAACUGCUGUGGAAUAAAUCUCCCUAAUAAACGUCUCAAACUAA